AAAACAGUCACGUGACUAGAAUCACAUGUUCCUCCGCCGUCCUCGAGCCGCAACAGGCGCUGAAGGCUCAUUCUCUGCGGCGGACCCAGACGGUGAGGUUCUCCGCUUCUUACCCGCGCUUCGUUCCCCAGCAGCGGACCGGUUGCGACACAUUUAAAUCAGAUGGAUCACUACAAGUAAUCAGCCUCAUCAUUCCUGGAUCCUUCCAGUAGGCAGAGAAACAUCAGCUGCUUCCUGACCUCAGAGGAAACUCACCGUCCUCCAGGUGACCACCCCACCCGCAUCCCUUACUGCUUCACCCAGCCUCUCCUUUCCUCAUGGCGAUCAACACUAACAUCGAAGACUGGGGCGGCGUCGGAAGCAGUGACUCGGGAGAACGAGCAUGGCUUCUGCAGAGCCCCAGCGUGGAUUCCGCCCGGCACCCCGAGGAAGACGAGAGGAGCCAGGGCGUGUCGCCUUUGGCUGCUGUCUUCAUCGUGGUGAACGCCGCCCUGGGCGCGGGGCUGCUGAACUUCCCUGCGGCCUUCAACAUGGCCGGCGGAGUGAUGGCAGGAGUUAUUCUGCAGAUGUUCAUGCUCAUCUUCAUCAUCAGUGGGCUUGUGAUCCUUGGCUACUGCUCUCAGGUCAGCAAUGAAGGCACCUAUCAGGAAGUGGUUCGAGCCACUUGUGGGAAAGUCACAGGAGUCCUCUGUGAAUUAGCCAUCGCCGUCUACACAUUCGGCACGUGCAUCGCCUUCUUUAUAGUCAUUGGAGACCAGCUGGAUCGCUUGAUCGCUGCCGCGGCUCAUGAAACAGACGGUUCCCCUGACGGCCACUGGUACACAGACCGCAAGUUUACCAUCGUGGUCCCUGCAGUCCUGGUAAUUCUGCCUCUGUCCAUCCCCAAAGAGAUCAGCUUCCAGAAGUAUGCUAGUGCUCUGAGUGUGAUGGGAACCUGGUAUGUUACCGUUGUGGUCAUUGUGAAGUACAUCUGGCCGAACAAGGACAUGAACCCAGACCACGGUCCAGCCGCUUCUGCUUCCUGGACCGCCGUUUUCAAUGCAAUGCCCACUAUAUGCUUCGGUUUCCAGUGCCACGUCAGCUGCGUGCCGGUGUUUAACAGCAUGAGGACGAAGGCGAUCAAACCGUGGGGGCUUGUGGUCACCCUCAGCAUGAUAAUCUGCCUUUUUGUCUACACUGGAACAGGCGUCUGUGGCUUCCUGACCUUUGGCUCCAGUGUGAAUCAGGACGUGUUGAUGUCUUAUCCUCCUGAUGACGUCGCCGUGGCCAUCGCCAGAGCUUUCAUUGUCGUCUGCGUGGUGACCUCCUACCCCAUUUUACACUUCUGUGGCAGGGCGGUCAUAGAGGGACUCUGGCUGCGUUUCCGAGGCGAGCAGGUGGAGGUGUGCGUUCGCCGUGAGCGGAGGAGGAGGAUCCUGCAGACGCUGGUGUGGUUCGUCGUCACCCUCGUCCUCGCUCUCUUCAUCCCUGACAUCGGCCGCGUCAUCUCGCUGAUUGGAGGGCUGGCAGCCUGCUUUAUCUUUGUGUUCCCAGGUUUGUGUUUGAUGCAGGCCAAACUUUCAGAGACUGACAGUCGAUCUACAAGCUGGCACGGACUGGUGAUCCUCGGCAUUGCCAUGGUCACGCUCGGGGCUUUCAUCUUCGGCCUCACCACGUCUAAUUCCAUCUAUCAGGAUGUUGUUAACUAAAAGGGAAGCUGUUUGUGGCGCCAUCUCUUCAGAACGAGAACUGGGGAGAGCUCAGAACUGUGCUGCUAUCCUGGACCGCUGCUCCAUUUCCCCGAGAACGGAGGUCGUGUGGUUGGGCGACCACGGCGCCAAUAUGACAGAUUUUAUUUUUCUCAGUGAAGUUUAAAGACUUUUUUUUUGUUUCGUUUUUGACAUCUUCGUUUUCCAGAAGGAAACAGGCUGACUUUACCCCGGCUGUCGGUGAAUUCUGACAUAUUUUGCAGGAGCAGAAGGACUUUGAUUGGAGGGGUUUUAUAAUCAAAUUGAUUUUUAUUUAUGAAAUUGUACCAAUUUGUGAGUAUUAGCCCGCAUGUCAUCGUUCAUCACUGAAAAUGUGAAGACUUUCCCAUGGCCAGACCUAUAGUACAGGCACUGUAGAUAAAUCAAGUGAAAGGUGAAGCAAUAUGCUUUAGAGGUUAAACCUGAUUUGGAAACUUUAAGAAAGCACCUCUGAGCCAAAGUUAAACUGUGGGAGGGGGGGGAGACGGAUGUAUGUUUUAAACUGUGCAAGUCAUUUAUUUAUUCAGAUUUUCUGUUUACUUCGGAUUGCAUUUGCACAAAUGAGUGAAGAUGCUGAUGUCUGUUGGAUGUAGCUCUCCUCAGGAGGGCAGACUCUUCUUAUGCAGUAGAGCCCAAAGUCAGUCUUCAAAGCCUGGUGUCUUGCAUGUUCUUAGAUGUUUCUCAGGCUAAACGCGUAAUGAACAGGUUCCUGUACAACUUGUGCUGAGGAGGUCCCUUGAAUCAGCUGUUGGAGUGGGAAGACAUUUAAAACACGGGGGACAGUGAGCAGGUGGCGAGGGCUGGAGUUGGACACUCCUGCCUUUAUUGUAGGAGGUAGCUCAACAGUGUUUAAGACCCAAACUAAGCUUCACAGAAUGUAACAGGGAAUCAUGUGUACUGUGGAAAAAAACAAAACAAGGGAAGAAAAGCUAAUCUGU